AUGAAGGAUGAGAUGGAUUUUGCUCGAAAACGACCUCGCGUUGCUCCGGUGAAGCUGCCACCAGUAUGCGCCCGACCGCAUUGGAUAGUGGAAAGGCACCUCAACAAGGAUAAAACCUACCAUGAGAUGAUGCGCAAGGGUCAACAAUCUAACGCAUCAGGGCUGCCGACCUCGCCAACACAAGAAUCGAUGCGCAGCAGCCCACAGCUUGCUGACACGCUGGGCGAAGUGGCCGACUUUCCAGCUCCAGUUCAGCCUGCAAAGCCACCAGAGCCGAUGAUACUGACGGAUAUGGCUGGCAGUAACUCCCCGCGAGCCAACGAUUGGGAGGACUUGAUUGAUUGGGAUGGUCCCGACUUGGAAUUAUUAGCGCCUCAGCCCACUCACCAAGCGAUUUUGGCUGACCCACCAGCGCCGGCAACCCUGCCAGCGCAUAAUUUGUUGGACUUGAUUGAUUGGGAUGGUCCCGACUUGGAAUCAUUAGCGCCUCAACCCACUCAACAAGCGAUUUUGGCUGACCCACCAGCGCCGGCAACCCUGCCAGCGCAGAAUUUUUCGGACUUGAUUGGUUGGGAUGGAACCAACUCGGAAUCCAUCCCGAACCCCAAUCACCCACCGAUUCCAGUCAACAGGAGAAAAGCAUGCAUGAUUGAUUUGGAUGGAGACGACUUGGAAUCGGAUGAGAUGGAUUUUACUCGAAAGCGACCUCGCAUUGCUCCAGUGAAACUACCACCGGUAUGCGCCCGACCGCACUGGAUAGUCCGAAGGCAACUCAAGAACGAAAAGGUUCCUCAGAGUCCACAAUCACAGCAUGUGGAGGCUCCAGCUCAGCCGGCGACCCUGCCUGCGCGGGAUUUGACCCAGGAUUCCUCACGCGUAAACAAAGAUCCGAUUCUUGAACCCGACAACGGAUCAGCUUCAGUCAAUCCCCGAGAGGAACCACCUUUGUUGCAAGCCCCAUCAACAGGCUGUGGCCCAAAGAUGACCGACAACCUAGGUCCGUUGAUUGACUAUGGUUCUGAUGAACAGAUCCCCGCCCCGCUUAUGGCACCAAAAAACAAAGGCCUUCCGCAACAGCCAGACCAUUGUUCCGAGAUUCAGCUGUCUGACCUUUCAGCUGGUCCCAGACAUUGCCCAGAUCGUUCAGUCAAGGAGAUCCUGAGCCUGUGUGCUGAGGUUCAUCCGUCGGAAAGCCUUUCGGCUGGUCCCAGCCAUCACCCAACUCGUCCUGUCAAACCACUUGGCGACUGUCCCCUUCCUCUGAAUGAUAGGACCUCAACCUCGGCUACUCCGUUGAGAGCAACUGAGGAGCAAUCUCCUUUGCCAGUUACAAUCUGUACUGCAACACCUGAGCGUACCAGAAACUCUCCGCCUGAAAUACUGUCAACUGCAGCUCCACCCUCGCCAUAUCCAGAGCCCACUCUUUCCCCAGACCCCGAGCACCCAUUAUCUUCCCCUCAACCCAACAAUCAAUACUUACAUCAAACACAACUAAACGAGCCUUCUCCAAUGCCAUCACCCUCUCCAUCACUGGGUUCCGAACCACAAAUUCAGACGGGUUCUGCGGAGCCCGCCCCAGUUCCACCCGUUGAUUGCAAUAAUCAGUCCUCCGAUGAGGGUGGCAGUGGUGCUGCACCGUGUUUAGGCAAGAGAAUACAUCACGAUUUGGAAGAUGAUGAUCCUACAGAUGUCCGAGCAAAGCGCAGGAGAAACACUACGGCUAGGAGUCCUCUCCCUUUGCCGUCAAAGGAUCGCCCGAGACCUCGAAAGCGCAUCAUCAUCACCGCUUCAGACGAAGAAGAAGAGAUCCCCAACUUCUGCCCCGAAGUAGAAUCUCAAGGAGGCACCGGGAGAGACCUCCUGGACGAUCAAGCGGCCCCAGAACCUCCCUCAGAAGUCGGCGGUAGACCCCCACCUGACACAUCCAGCACACCGGCCAUCAAUCCUCGAUGGCGCAAAAAUCCCGACAAGAUGACGAUGGUUCAGAUCAAGGCUGAUCUUGAUGAGUAUAAAGUCAAAUACCUCAAACGAGAGCGCAAACCUCAACUGACCAAGCGCUGGAAAGACUUGGCCUUUGUGCAAUCCGAGCUGGAGCGUUGGCGAGGCGCAGACCCUCGCCCGAAAAAUCAAGUGCCUCCAUCCGGUAACACAACGCAAAAUCACACACCGGGAAAUCAAGAUGUGGCAUUAAAUACGGAUUUGUCCGCGGCAGGUCCACGGGUGGAUCAGGUAGAUGACUUAAUCCGAUUGUCUCCCGAGCCGCGAGCCCCUGUAAACAAUGGAAAUUCUAUCGCUGCCACUGUGGACUCAUUCAGAACACCUGCAAGACCAGUAGCAGAAACUUCAGGCUCCCGGGCGGCAGGUCAAUGGAAUGAAGGUGUUUUUGAUGCUAUGCAUGCUAUGGAUGAAGACACACCUGAUACUGGAAACCCGUCUAUGACACUCGAGAUGAUCCAUGCCUUGAAAUCAUUUACCCACUCAUCAAGAGAAUGGGCAAGUUCCAUCGCGCGGAGAAUGGAAACCAUAGCGGGUGGUGUAUCCGCAAUCCAAUCAGCCGUUGGAGCUGCGCCUCUGUCUUCCGCAUCAAGACACCCUUCAACUUCCCGAAGAAGAAGACGCCAGUCCCGGCCAGCAGACAUGUCUGACAACGAAUCAACCACUGGCGAAGGGUCAAACAUAUUUUUACCAACGAGAGACAUGAUGGCUGAAAUCAGGGUGCACUGUGCUUGUUUAUUCGGAAAAUCUGCACAAGAAGGCACUUUUCCGCCUCCCGCCACUGAGGAGGAGCGCCGACGAUGGAUUGUCACAACCAUGGAUGAUUCCUAUUCGGAUUCUGAUUCCGGAGACAGCCAACAUCUUUCAGACGAUCCAAUGGACGUUGACGUUGCCGAGGACUUGGACACAAACACGGACCCAGUUUUUCCAUUUCCAGAUGGACCUGGACACAAACAUGUCUCGCCUCAAGGUGUACGUAUCAUCUGGAACAUGAUGAGACGUGCAGGUGUUAAGUCUUUCAGGCCAGACUUGAGUGAAGCAUUUACCUCGCCAACGAAUACGUUUCUAUGGAACCUUGCUGUGAAGACUUUCAUUAAACUAGUUGAGUCCGGAGAAUACAAACGAUUUCCCCGAGAUUUGUGCAAUGAAGAAAUACUCCGGGACUGGCGCGUCGCCCUGAUCCUAGAAAGACCAAUUUUAGCCCCAAUCCUGCCGGUAAUCGACGCCUGCUGUAGUGAUGACGAAACAGAAGAUGAGGACCCACCCGCAUUAUUGGCCAUCAAUUCUAACCGUAAGUGUAAGGUCAAGAGCUAUGUUGUCAAGGAGCUACCUUGGCGCCACCCUCGAAUCGGCCGCAUGAUGAUUGAGCUUGAUCGCAUCCGAGAACAGAGUGGCGCCCAGUCUGUCUGCUCCCGAAGGCAUCCCAUCAAUCCAAAGAGCAGUCACAUCAAAGCUGUGUCAGGCCUACCUAUUGGAUGUUACAAUGCUAAUUGGCUCCAAACUUUGACACCCUACGAGAUGAACAAAUUAAAGCACACUCUCACUCCCGUUGUCAACCAAUAUGUGGGACUCCUGCAAUCACUCUGA